CGGUAGAGAGGUGGCCGUCGCCACGCAGAGAGCCAUGGGUCAGGCGGCCAAGGUUUUACAGCUCUUUAAAACACUGCACAGGACCAGACAGCAAGUUUUUAAGAAUGAUGCCAGAGCUUUAGAAGCAGCCAGAAUAAAGAUUAAUGAAGAAUUCAAAAGUCAUAAAAGCGAGGCUUCUCCUAAGAAAAUAGAAGAGCUCAUGAAAAUAGGUUCCGACGUUGAACUGUUACUCAGAACAUCUGUCAUACAGGGCAUUCACACCGACCACAACACACUGCAAUUGGUCCCUAGGAAAGACCUUCUUGUAGAAAAUGUGCCAUAUUGUGAUGUACCAACUCAGAAGCAGUGAAUGUUUUAAGCUAAGACAAGUCUUCGCACUUUUUAAUUUUAGAAAUGGAACUCUCGCAAAAGUC